UUUCCCCGUCCCCACUUAUGAGGGACCUGCCACGCUGUGUACUGGGAUCGAGUCUUCCCAUACCUCGAGAACAAAGAUGAGUUUGCUCUCUGCCUGGAUGUCUUUGGCCCCACCCGAUGAUGAGGGAGUAUCUGGCACAGGAGUCGGCAUCAAAGAAGAAAUCAGCGAAGAUGUUACAGAAGAGAUUUGUGUGGAGAUUAAAGAAGAAAUACCUGAUUACGCAGAUGAAGUGAGGAAUGAUAUGAAUGAGGCAAAAAUCAAACAUGAAUUUUCUUUCUGUAAAAAUCUUCAAUGCCUUGGACAAAAAGCAAAUGAGAAGGCUUUUUGUCAUUCAAAUCUGGUUGAAAGUGAGGCAUUGUCAAGAGUGUCAUUUGUUGCUGAGGAUUGCAGGAACUUUUGUGCAUCAGAAAGGGAUCAGGCAAUGCCUAAGAGAGAUCACAAGGUCGAUAUACAAGGAAAAUUGGAUGCAGAAAUGAAAUUUAUUGUCUGUGAAGUUUGUGGCAGAAAAUUCUCUCGUAAGAGUAAGCUCUUAGUUCAUAUGAGAGUACACACAAAGGAGAAGCCAUAUAACUGUGAGAUUUGCAAUAAAGCAUUCUCACAGAAAUCUCAUGUAGUAAGCCACUUAAGAAUACAUACAAAAGAGAAGCCAUAUGGAUGUGAUGUUUGUAAUAAAGCCUUUUCAAGGAAAGAUAAUCUAGUUAAACACAAGAGAUUACAUACAAUGGAGAAGCCAUAUACUUGUGAUAUUUGUAAUAAUUCUUUCACCCUCAAAAGUUCUCUAAUAUACCACAUCAGACUACACACACAGGAGAAGCCAUAUAUCUGCGAGAUUUGUAAUAAGACCUUCUCACGAAAAAAUAUUCUUGUGGGACACAUGAUGGUACAUACAAAGGAAAAGCCAUACAACUGUGUGGUUUGCCCUAAGGCUUUCUCACGAAAAAAUGAACUAGUGGUCCACAUGAGAGUACACACAAAUGAGAAGCCAUUUAAAUGUGAGGUUUGUAGUAAGGCUUUCUCACGAAAAAAUGAUCUUGUUAAACACAAGAGAGUACACACAAAGGAGAAGCCAUAUACCUGUGAUAUUUGCAAUAAGUCCUUCUCUCAGAAAACUACUCUUGUUUUACAUAUUAGAGUACAUACGAAAGAAAAACCAUAUAUCUGUGAAAUUUGCAAGAAGCCAUUUUCACGAAUAGGUAAUCUAGAGUACCAUAUGAGAUCACAUAUAAAGAAAAAUUCAUAUGGCUAUGAGAAUUGCACAGACCUUAUUAAAAAUAAACAUUCUAUUAUGUCACAUAAUAGUACGCACGAUGAAGAGGCCACAUAACUAGAAAAUUUGUAAUGUUACCUCAUCAAAAAAGGUAAAGGUGCACAUUUGAGGUUAUUCACAGUAAAAGUCAUAAAGUCUUUUUCUGAAAAUUGCUCUUAAUCUUAAUAUGUA